AUGCAAGGGGAAAGAAUCCUCAAAUCACUUUUAAACGGACAGACAGGUGGUCUUUAUGAGGAUACGAAGGUAAGUUGAACAAUUACAAACUUAGCUGGUUGCUAAAUUAUUUUACUAAGCUGUAAAAUUAUGGUAGCUUAAUUAAGGACACUUUGUAGCUCAGUUAUCGGGCGGUAAACGGUAAAACUUACCGUGUGAAGCAACACUUCGUACCGCCUGCAACUGCUUGAAGGUUUACUACAGCUAAACAAGUAGUUUAAAAAAAUACGCAAGUUGUUAUCCGAUCUGAUCAAGAAAAUGAAUGAAUAUAUGGAAAAGUAGCUUUUUUAUGGGCCACGGUCAUUUUGGAAAGAGAACAUUGCAGACAGAGUAAGAUUUUGGGGAUCAAAUGUUUUAAAAUGUUAUCUAGAGAUAACAACAGAGGAUUUGCGAAAAAAAAGGGAGUUUUAAAAUGAGGGAAUGACGUUUCAAAGAACUUAGCUCCUCCUAGGGUGGGGCCAUGUUGCUCACCCCACUACCCGUCUCCCCCUAGGAAAGUGCACCUCUGGGACAUAGUUUUUGCCUUACCGGCCAUGAAUGGUUGCUUACCUGCUAAGCUAGAAUUUAGGGAGAACACUGAGGAUUUGUAAGGCUACUCACUUUCAAAAACGUUUCGUUGAAGAAAAAUUUAGUUCAUUCAAAGCAAGCGUCUUGUUACACUCUUCAAUUGCAAGAAUCGCACGGAUCUACAUGAGCAGGUUAUAGAAAGAGUGCCACUUGAAAGCGAACAUUACACUUAUUUUAGACGUCUUUUUUGUCAAAGCCUCUCAUUUUUCUUAACUCCAUGUUUUCAAAUGGGUAAAACAUUCACCCUUGAUAUGUUGUUUUUAAUAUUGUUUGAUGGAACUUGCAGAAUUAUCUUGCUUCACUGCAACGUCCGCUAAAGAACAAAAAUGGCUGCCAAGCAGGAGGCAAAGCUACAGAGGAAACUGUAUCAAAGUACGCCGUGUUUUGUACCAAGUUCCUAAGGUGUGCUAUAGAGACCUUGAAAAAUGUGAAAGCCAAGGGAAAUGACGUUAUUGAGGUCACAGAUGCCUUGAAACUAGGUAAGAUGAAGCAUGUGAACAUCUUUAGUUGCUGUUUGGGAGUAAGGUCUUUUCUGAGUUCCUAAAAUAAGCUUAAUGCUUACUCUUAAAAUGGGACCAGCUUCAAAACCUUACUAAUGAAAAUGAGUUUUAUUUAUAACACACACACACACUUAACACACAUACUUUAUUAUUAUUAAUAAUCUACUUUUACAUAAAGUCCAUUUCCGCCCGCAAAUAGCAGGUGCUAGUCGAGGCAGGCGGAGAUGAUAGGUACAGCAGUCAGUAAUAAAUGACAAAUAAAUAGAUGAAUAAAUAAAUGAAUGAAUAACUAGAUAUAUAUAAAUGAAAUGAAGCUUAAACAUAAAUUAAUAACAUUUACAAAAUCAACUACUUGAAACUUGAAAAAUUAACUGCGACACUAAAUUAAGAUAUGUAUACUUUAUAAAUUAAACUCUGUUGCUCGAUAGUUAGCUAUUUUUGAAGCAGAAUGGGCGAUUCAACAUAAUUGUCCUCAGCCGCUAAUGACGAAAAUAGCAUGGCAUUGAUAUGUGUUUUGAAAGCUGUCUUGGGGAGGUGGCGAAGUUCAUCGCAUAUUGAGUUCCAAAGCUUAGCUCCGAACCUAGCAAAAGAACUAUGGUUUUGAUUCAGUCUCGAUCGGUUAAUAUAAAAAUCUCGUGAUUAUGCUUUUCAUUAGCUUUAAUGAAAAGAUUACUAAUGUUGGUGGGAACAGUUAGACAAGAGACGUCAAACAUUAUUGAGGAAACUGUUUCAACGUAUAACAUAUUUAAAGAAAGGAUUUUUGAGGAGGUAAAUAAAGGCACCGCAUGUGCUCUGGGUUCAGAAAAAUACAUCAAUCGAAGGACACAUUUUUGUAGCACAAGGAUUUUUUGUAAAUGGGAUUUAGCAGCUUGACCCCAAGCAGCCAAGCCAUAGGAUAGGUAGGGUAGUAUCAAAGACUGAUAAAUACUUAAUAGAGUGGUAAAAGGGACGAGGUACCGAAGAUGCGCAAUAACUCAAUUAAUUCUACUUAUUUUUAGUGCUACAUUGUCAAUGUGGUAUUUCCAGCUCAAAUGACUAUCCAGUAAGACACCCAGAUAUUUUACAUGAUCCUUACACUCAAGGGAAGUAAGAAUGAGAUUACUAUUAUCAAACAUUAGAAUAUUGUUCGAAUGGUCCAUCUUACGUUAGUGAGGACGAAAGAUAACAAAGUCUGGUUUUUUAGCAUUUAAUGUUGGCUUAUUUGCAUUGAGCCAAUCCGAGACUCUGACCAGUUCGUUAUUGGCCAAUUUUUCAAGAGAUUUAAGAUUUUUGUCAGCAUUCAACAACUUUGUGUCAUCUGCAAAAACGUAAAACGAAAAUCUCGCUGAAGAAUAAAACUUUACAGCCUACUUAUGGUCUGGGACUCCCAGGUACAUACAACACAUUUCACAGUGGAAAGAAAUAGCAUUUUCAGCAUGGUGUAAGCAGGGCACAACAAAGUGCUAUCUGAUAAUCCAGAGCCAGUAAGGCUUAAAUAUGGGUCAAAUAUAAGUUGUCUGAUAAGCAAACCACAUUUGCUUUAAAUGUGAGAUUAAUGGAGAGCUAUAAAGUUAAUGUAACUUGCAAAUUGUUUUGUUCAUAUUUCAGUGGGAACACCUCUCAACAACACUUUAUCACUCCAUCAUGGAAACUACCUGAAGUUUAUUCCUUCAGUAGAUCAGCUUGCUAAAACACUUUACCUUUUGACCUUAUUGUUGCUCAGCUCAUUGCCAAGGCACAGUUUGAAAGGGCUCUGGAUCAUGCUAAUGACCUCUAUAAAUUCAUCCAGCUUCUUAAGGCAUGGAAGAGGUAUGACAAGGAAAUUGGAUCACUUUGUUUACGUUCAUCUGAUUUGUUACUUCAAGGAGCUGGGAAGCUUGAGGAGGCAAAAGAACCUCCAGGGGAACGACCAUCACACUUGUGUGUUGUGUUAG